AUGAGCAAUACUCCUGAAACUACUACUACUACUACUACUACUACUACUACUACUACUACUACUACUACUACUACUACUACUACUACUACUACUACUACUACUACUACUACUACUACUACUACUACUACUACUACUACUACUACUACUACUACUACUACUACUACUACUACUACUACUACUACUACUACUACUACUACUACUACUACUACUACUACUACUACUACUACUACUACUACUACUACUACUACUACUACUACUACUACUACUACUACUACUACUACUACUACUACUACUACUACUACUACUACUACUACUACUACUACUACUACUACUACUACUACUACUACUACUACUACUACUACUACUACUACUACUACUACUACUACUACUACUACUACUACUACUACUACUACUACUACUACUACUACUACUACUACUACUACUACUACUACUACUACUACUACUACUACUACUACUACUACUACUACUACUACUACUACUACUACUACUACUACUACUACUACUACUACUACUACUACUACUACUACUACUACUACUACUACUACUACUACUACUACUACUACUACUACUACUACUACUACUACUACUACUACUACUACUACUACUACUACUACUACUACUACUACUACUACUACUACUACUACUACUACUACUACUACUACUACUACUACUACUACUACUACUACUACUACUACUACUACUACUACUACUACUACUACUACUACUACUACUACUACUACUACUACUACUACUACUACUACUACUACUACUACUACUACUACUACUACUACUACUACUACUACUACUACUACUACUACUACUACUACUACUACUACUACUACUACUACUACUACUACUACUACUACUACUACUACUACUACUACUACUACUACUACUACUACUACUACUACUACUACUACUACUACUACUACUACUACUACUACUACUACUACUACUACUACUACUACUACUACUACUACUACUACUACUACUACUACUACUACUACUACUACUACUACUACUACUACUACUACUACUACUACUACUACUACUACUACUACUACUACUACUACUACUACUACUACUACUACUACUACUACUACUACUACUACUACUACUACUACUACUACUACUACUACUACUACUACUACUACUACUACUACUACUACUACUACUACUACUACUACUACUACUACUACUACUACUACUACUACUACUACUACUACUACUACUACUACUACUACUACUACUACUACUACUACUACUACUACUACUACUACUACUACUACUACUACUACUACUACUACUACUACUACUACUACUACUACUACUACUACUACUACUACUACUACUACUACUACUACUACUACUACUACUACUACUACUACUACUACUACUACUACUACUACUACUACUACUACUACUACUACUACUACUACUACUACUACUACUACUACUACUACUACUACUACUACUACUACUACUACUACUACUACUACUACUACUACUACUACUACUACUACUACUACUACUACUACUACUACUACUACUACUACUACUACUACUACUACUACUACUACUACUACUACUACUACUACUACUACUACUACUACUACUACUACUACUACUACUACUACUACUACUACUACUACUACUACUACUACUACUACUACUACUACUACUACUACUACUACUACUACUACUACUACUACUACUACUACUACUACUACUACUACUACUACUACUACUACUACUACUACUACUACUACUACUACUACUACUACUACUACUACUACUACUACUACUACUACUACUACUACUACUACUACUACUACUACUACUACUACUACUACUACUACUACUACUACUACUACUACUACUACUACUACUACUACUACUACUACUACUACUACUACUACUACUACUACUACUACUACUACUACUACUACUACUACUACUACUACUACUACUACUACUACUACUACUACUACUACUACUACUACUACUACUACUACUACUACUACUACUACUACUACUACUACUACUACUACUACUACUACUACUACUACUACUACUACUACUACUACUACUACUACUACUACUACUACUACUACUACUACUACUACUACUACUACUACUACUACUACUACUACUACUACUACUACUACUACUACUACUACUACUACUACUACUACUACUACUACUACUACUACUACUACUACUACUACUACUACUACUACUACUACUACUACUACUACUACUACUACUACUACUACUACUACUACUACUACUACUACUACUACUACUACUACUACUACUACUACUACUACUACUACUACUACUACUACUACUACUACUACUACUACUACUACUACUACUACUACUACUACUACUACUACUACUACUACUACUACUACUACUACUACUACUACUACUACUACUACUACUACUACUACUACUACUACUACUACUACUACUACUACUACUACUACUACUACUACUACUACUACUACUACUACUACUACUACUACUACUACUACUACUACUACUACUACUACUACUACUACUACUACUACUACUACUACUACUACUACUACUACUACUACUACUACUACUACUACUACUACUACUACUACUACUACUACUACUACUACUACUACUACUACUACUACUACUACUACUACUACUACUACUACUACUACUACUACUACUACUACUACUACUACUACUACUACUACUACUACUACUACUACUACUACUACUACUACUACUACUACUACUACUACUACUACUACUACUACUACUACUACUACUACUACUACUACUACUACUACUACUACUACUACUACUACUACUACUACUACUACUACUACUACUACUACUACUACUACUACUACUACUACUACUACUACUACUACUACUACUACUACUACUACUACUACUACUACUACUACUACUACUACUACUACUACUACUACUACUACUACUACUACUACUACUACUACUACUACUACUACUACUACUACUACUACUACUACUACUACUACUACUACUACUACUACUACUACUACUACUACUACUACUACUACUACUACUACUACUACUACUACUACUACUACUACUACUACUACUACUACUACUACUACUACUACUACUACUACUACUACUACUACUACUACUACUACUACUACUACUACUACUACUACUACUACUACUACUACUACUACUACUACUACUACUACUACUACUACUACUACUACUACUACUACUACUACUACUACUACUACUACUACUACUACUACUACUACUACUACUACUACUACUACUACUACUACUACUACUACUACUACUACUACUACUACUACUACUACUACUACUACUACUACUACUACUACUACUACUACUACUACUACUACUACUACUACUACUACUACUACUACUACUACUACUACUACUACUACUACUACUACUACUACUACUACUACUACUACUACUACUACUACUACUACUACUACUACUACUACUACUACUACUACUACUACUACUACUACUACUACUACUACUACUACUACUACUACUACUACUACUACUACUACUACUACUACUACUACUACUACUACUACUACUACUACUACUACUACUACUACUACUACUACUACUACUACUACUACUACUACUACUACUACUACUACUACUACUACUACUACUACUACUACUACUACUACUACUACUACUACUACUACUACUACUACUACUACUACUACUACUACUACUACUACUACUACUACUACUACUACUACUACUACUACUACUACUACUACUACUACUACUACUACUACUACUACUACUACUACUACUACUACUACUACUACUACUACUACUACUACUACUACUACUACUACUACUACUACUACUACUACUACUACGACAUCAUCAUCGUCUUUUUGA